GGCACUAUCCCGGCGAGCAGCGUUGCUAUCACCAUUCCUAUAUAUCCUUCGAUGUGAGCUUGAGCUCCAGCACCAAGCUAGCUACUCCCAACACCCCGCGCGCCCUCUCAUGGCGGCCACGCCAACCUCAACGGUCCUCCUGUUCACGUUUCUCCUCUCCUUCCUCUUCCUCUUCCUCUUCCACGAGGCAGCCAGCGUCAGCGGCGUGUCGGAAGAGGACGACCUCUCCGCGCUUUUGGACUUCAAGGCCGCCGUCUCCGGCGACCCCAAGGAAGUUCUCGCCGGCUGGGGUUCCUCGCCGGACGUGUGCAGCUGGACCGGUGUCACCUGCGACCCGGUGACGCGGCGUCGGCGUGUCGUGCAGUUGGUGCUGAGAAAUCAGAGGCUCUCAGGCGAGGUCUCGCCCGCGCUCGGCAACCUCUUGCACCUCAGGGUACUGGACCUCUCCGGCAACCACUUCGCCGGCAGCGUCCCGCCGGAGCUCGGCAACCUCUCGAGACUCAAAUUUCUCGACGUGUCGUCCAACGCGCUGCUCGCCGGGAUGGUUCCGCCAGAGCUCGGCAAUCUCUCGAGGCUCAGCACCCUCGAUCUCUCCGGGAACGCGUUCGCUGGGCCGGUGCCGCCGGGGCUCGGUAAGCUCUGCCGGCUGAAGCAGCUCAGCCUCGCGGACAACCAGUUCGACGGCUCGAUUGCGCCGGAGCUCACGCGUAUCCGGGGCCUGGAAUACCUCAACCUUGGCGGGAACAACCUCUCUGGGAACAUCCCGGCGGCUAUCUUCUGCAACCUCUCCGCCCUGCAGUACAUCGACAUGUCGUCGAACAAUCUCGGCGGCGCGAUCCCCAUCCGACCGGAUUGCUUUGUCCCCAACCUGAAGUUCCUCAUGCUGUGGUCCAACAACCUCGUCGGCGGCAUCCCACCAUCGCUGUCGAACGCGACCAAGCUUCAGUGGCUGCUGCUGGAGUCGAAUUUCCUCGACGGCGAGCUGCCCAUGUUGGGCGGCAUGAGGAGCCUCGAGUUUCUGUACCUGUCGUUCAACAACUUGACGAGCCCGCAGAACAACACCGACCUCGAGCCGUUCUUCGCCUCGCUUACGAACUGCACCAGCCUGAGGGAGCUCGGUGUCGCAGGGAACGACCUCGCCGGAACGAUCCCGUCUGUCGUCAGUCGCCUCUCCACUGGCCUAACGCAGUUCCAUCUUGACUUGAACAGCAUCUUCGGUGGGAUCCCGGCGAACCUCACCGACCUCGCCAACCUCACCUACCUCAACCUCUCCCAUAACCUCUUCAACGGCUCCAUCCCACCGGACUUAUCGCGGAUGCAGCGGCUCGAGCGGCUAGACCUCUCAAACAACCAGCUCUCCGGCAACAUCCCGCCAUCCAUGGGCCCAUGCCAGCAGCUCGGGCUGCUUGAUCUUUCGCAGAACCAUCUCGCCGGCGGCAUUCCUCCUAGCAUCAUGCAGUGCGUUAACUUGCGAAAGCUCGAUCUCUCAGAGAACAUGCUGCGUGGUGUGAUCCCUGCUGGCUUGUCGCAGCUGACCUGGCUGUUCCACCUCGACCUCUCCGACAACCUUCUGUUCGGCGCGAUCCCAGAUAGGUAGAUGAAUCUGGCUAGAGUAUAAGACUUCAACAUACUACUAUAUCUCCAGGGGCGGAGCCAGGAUUUGAA